AAAUCCUCCACCACGUCGAGUUUUCUGUUCAAAUUAAAUCGUUCAACACUGGAACUCUUUGAUAUAAUAUAGAAAGAGACAGAGAGAGAGAGACAGACAAGAAGAACAAAGAUGCAAUCUUCAAAGGAGAAGCUGAAAAACAUGACCAGUGCUGCCAAGGAGCAAGUCGACAUCUAUAAAGCAAAAAUAGACGAGAAGACAGAGAAAGCAACGGCAAGAACAGAAGAGGAGAGGGUGAUUACCCAUGAACGUGCAAAGGCAAAGGAAGCUGAAGCAAAGAUGGAGCUGCAUGAAGCAAAAGCCAGGCAUGCAGCAGAGAAGCUAAGCACCAACCAAUCACAUUAUGGUCUCCACCAUGGCCACAACCCUCCCCUGGUAGGAACAACUGAGACUCACUACCAGCAAGGGCACCACCAGCCACUUGGGGCAGUUCCUAUGCCUGGAGCCAUUUAUCCAUCUUAUCCGCUAGGAGCAAACCCUAACCCUCCAAGGAACAAACAUAUAUAAUAGAUCUAUUUGUGUUUUGCAGUAGUCUCUGUACAUAAGUCUGAAUAAGAGGGGUCUGAUUUUAGUCUGAAUCCUUCCAUUUACAUUUGAGAGUGGCUUUGAUUUCAGUGAAUGUUUCCCCCUUUGUAAUAAUUCAACAAUGUUUAAACUUCCAGAUGGUAGUAUGGUACUGGUGUCAUUAGCCAUCAUCAUUGACGCCCCAUUUCUCAAA